AUGCUGAACAUCAAGUCUAUCGUUUCAAUUGCGGCUGCCGUGCUACCGCUGGUAUCAGCUCGACCAGCAUCACUUGGUACACGUGCAGUCUUGCUCCCUGAAGACGACCCAUUCUACCAAGCGCCAAUCACUAUCGACUCCUCGGCACCUGGAACUGUCCUCAAGUCGCGUAAAGUGGCAACUUCAUUCUUUGGAUUCAUUCCGAACCCAGUUGAAGCAUGGCAACUGCUGUACCGUACCAAUGCGGUUAACGGAACCGCCAUUUCCGCCGUGACGACUGUAUUUGUGCCAACAGGAGCCAAGACAGACCGAUUCGUCUCGUUCCACACAGCCUAUGAUGGUUCAUCCCGAGAUGGCAAGUGUGAUCCUUCCUACAACUACCAGCUAGGCGCUCCACAAGAAGACAUCAUCUCCUCCGUGGAGUUCCUCCUACUUCAAGCUUUCCUGAUCGAUGGCUACAUCGUCUCCGCUCCCGACUACGAAGGCCCAGAUGCCGCUUUCGGUGCCGGCCGUCUCGAAGGCACCGGAGUCCUCGACAGCAUUCGUGCAGUCCAAAACUUCGGCAGCACUCUUGGCCUGACAACGACCACCCCAGCAGUGGUCGGCUAUGGCUACAGCGGAGGAGCCAUCGCAACCGGCUGGGCAGCAGGCCUUCAACCCACAUACGCACCCGAGCUCAACAUCAAAGGCUGGGCACAGGGCGGCACCCCGGCCAACCUGACAGGAACUACAGUCUUCAUCGACGGCACCGCCUUCUCCGGCUUCCUUCCACAAGCGCUCGUCGGCCUCAGCUCCCCAUCCGCCUACGGCGCCACUCUCGAACCCAAGAUUGACAGCAUCGUCACAACCGAAGGAGCCUCCCAAAUUGCAUUUGCCGAAGCCAACUGCGGCGUCGCCAACCUCCUCCAAUUCCCCUUCAAAUCCGUGCAAUCGAUCGAAUUCCAAACCGAAGGCGACCGUAUCCUCUACGACCCAGUCUUGGCAUAUGCUCUCGACCAGCAACUCAUGGGCCGCUUCUCGAACGAAACUCCCACGGCACCUGUCUACCUCUUUCACGCAACCUCGGACGAAAUCAUCCCAUACGCCAACGCCUCGACGCUCUACAACGAGUGGUGCGGCUACGGUGCGAGCGUCGACUUCGUCACCUACGCCAACGGCGGCCACGCCACGACGGAGGUUCUGGGUUUCCCCGGAGCCUUUGAAUUCGUGAACAGUGCUUUUGCGGGAACCGUGGCGAGUGGCUGUUCUCAGCAGACAAAGUUGGAUAGUACUUUGAACCCCAUCGCCUUGGGUGCUCAGCUGGAGCCUAUCCUUGUUGCGUUGUUGAAUGCUUUGGCGGCGGCUGGAACGCAAGAUGCGAAUAUCAAGGCGGACGUGAGCAACUUCGCCAAGACGAUUACUUAG